CAAGGGAGGCUGGCAGGAGCAGCGGAGGAUUGAGGAAGCUGACGACGGUGCAGCAUGUGGGCAACACACUGUAUAAAGCUCAUAAACUUGUAGGCUGAUGUGUGCAGCUACCACUUUGGAUUCUGUACCACUGCUUCUCUCGGCACAAGGCACCAGCAAGCUGAACAUUAAAGCCUGCUCCUUGGGACAGAGCACUUACCCCUGCAAGACAUGAAGGGCUUCCUGUUUCUCACACUCCUCCUGAUGCCCGUGUACGCUGGAACUGCUUGGAGUGCGAAAUAUGCAGUAGAUUGUCCAGAGCACUGUGACAGUAAUGCAUGCAAAAGUACCUUGCGCUGUAAGCGAACAGUGCUGGAUGACUGUGGCUGUUGCAGAGUGUGUGCAGCUGCUCUGGGGGAGACUUGCUAUCGUACGGUCUCGGGUAUGGAUGGUGUCAAGUGUGGUCCUGGGCUGAAGUGCCAGUUUUACACUGAGGAGGAUGACUUUGGUGAUGAAUUUGGUAUCUGCAAAGAGUGUCCUUAUGGUACCUAUGGAAUGGAAUGCAGGAAAACCUGCAACUGUCCUUCUGGCAUCUGUGACAGAGUAACUGGGAAGUGUUUGAAGUUCCCAUUUUUCCAACUGUCUGCUUCAAAACCUCCAAAUCGACGAAAAAUAGUUUCACAGCCAGAAAAUGACAUGGCAUCAGGGGAUGGCAAUUCUGUAAAAGAGGAAUUCGUUAAGGAGAAACCUAUCCGCCCUCCGGUAAUGAAGUGGCUAAACCCUCGCUGAUCGUUACUUACACUCAUGAGACUUUCGAGUGAAUGCAUUUCUCACAGAUUAUUGAAUAUGCAAGAACACACUUUAAGAACAAAGUAGAACUAUAGCAUAUGAAAAUGUAACCUCUGCAGCCCAGUUGUGAUUCUGUUUUUCAUGAGAAAAAUGUUUACUUAAAAAUAGACUGUACAAUGUAUAUGUUUUUUUUGAUACUUGUUUUGGUAAGUAUUUGAACAGAGAAAUGUAUUGGGGAUUCCUGAAUGUAUGGUGAUAUUAAAAAACCCAAAAGAUUCAUCCCUCCUCAUGUAAGUAAUGCUGGAGGCCAGCUCUUGCAGCCUGACACUGGGAAAGCUCUCACUGAAUGCACUGGAUGGUUUAAGUGAGUAAAAUUAUUGCAGUGGAGCCAAAUAGUUGGCUUUUUCAUACUGUUAUGUGAAUUCAAUAACCCAGCAUUAGCUGUUAGGCAUUUCUGGCUUUUGGAAGUUUGGUGGCAAUUCCUCAGACAUAAAUAUGCCUUUCUUCAUUGAGAAAGCACCCAGCAUAUCAAUUUUACACAUUGUGAAUAGCUUAGCUGAGAUACUGCAGACGUAUGUUGUAUUGAGGUGGAUUUCUAAAGUUAAUAUCUGUACAGAGAAACAGCAGCACAUUUGCAGAGGGGGAUCUGAAACAAAAGAAACUGCUUAGCCCUGUUUGAAUAUAUGUGUAUUUCUACAAAGCAGCUGCUUUGGGGAAGAGCAGGUUCAAUGCCAGAGACCAUCCUCAUCAAUGGUUGCCUCCCAGCUCUGUCUCAAAAGGAGUUCAUCUGGUCCAGGAUAGGGAAGACUUGGACCCUCAUUGAGUGGCAG